ACCAGCGUCGAGAUUGGCGAAAGUGUGAGGGGGAAGAUGUGUACAUCAUCCAGAGUGGCUGCGGAGAAGUCAACGACAACCUGAUGGAACUCCUCAUCAUGAUCAACGCCUGCAAGAUGGCGUCAUCCUCCAGGGUGACCGCCGUGAUCCCGUGCUUCCCGUACGCCCGCCAAGACAAAACGGACAAGGGUCGUGCUCCGAUUUCGGUGAAACUUGUGGCCAAUAUGCUCUCGGUCGCUGGGGCGGAUCACAUCAUCACCCUGGACCUGCAUGCCUCUCAGAUCCAAGGGUUCUUUGAUAUCCCCGUGGAUAACUUGUACGCGGAGCCCGCGGCCCUGCAGUGGAUUCGGGAGAACAUCACCGAGUGGAGAAACUGCAUCACUGUUUCACCUGACGCCGGGGGCGCCAAAAGGGUCACGUCAAUCGCAAACAGGCUGAAUGUGGAAUUUGCCUUGAUUCACAAGGAGAGGAAGAAGGCAAAGGAAGUGGACCGGAUGGUGCUGGUGGGCGAUGUGAAGGACCGCGUGGCCAUCCUUGUGGAUGACAUGGCCGACACAUGUGGCACCAUCUGCCAUGCUGCGGACAAGCUACUCUCGGCUGGAGCCACCAAAGUUUAUGCUAUCCUUACCCAUGGGAUCUUCUCUGGGCCAGCUAUUUCCAGAAUAAAUAAUGCCGCCUUUGAGGCUGUUGUUGUGAUAAACACUGUCCCCCCAGAGGACAAAAUGAAACACUGCUCCAAUAUUCAGGUUAUUGACAUUUCGAUGAUCUUGGCAGAAGCGAUUCGAAGGACCCACAGUGGUGAAUCUGCGUCUUACCUGUUCAGCCACGUCCCACUGUAA